CACUUUCAGGGACGCAGUUGUCCAUAGCUUUGCAACAGCAACGUUAGCUCGAAAUAAACGCUUCGUCUCGUCAAACUAGGUUCCAAUUAUCCUCAAUUCCCUUCCAUCAUUUGCAUGCACUCUUGUACUACAACAACAUGGCAAACGGAGUCUCAGCAAAUGGGCAGGAGCAGCCCUACAAGCCGUACGAUCAGAUCCUUCUGUUCGGCGACUCUAUCACCGAGUUUGGUAGCAACCAGGAUAUGGGCUUCGGCUUUCACGCCGCAUUGCAGCAUGCAUACAGUCGCCGCUUCGACGUGGUGAACCGUGGCUUAGCCGGUUAUGCCACCUGCCACGCCAUCAAAGUGGUAUCGCAAUGCAUUCCUCCCCCGGAGAGAUCCAAUGUGCGACUCAUGACCCUCUGGUUCGGCGCCAAUGAUUCUUGUCUCCCUGCUUUCAAUCAGUACGUUCCCUUGGAGCAGUACAAGGAGAACCUCAAACGCAUCAUCCAACACCCCGCCACGGUCGCGCAGAACCCGCGCAUCCUCAUCAUUACCCCGCCCCCGAUCAACGAAUACCAGCUGGAGUUCUUCGACAAGGGCAAGGGGAACCCGCAUCCGACGCGCACGAACCAGAACGCCAAACUCUACGCCGAGGGCGCCCGCGACCUCGCCGCUUCCCUGGGGAUCCCCGUCGUGGACGUCUGGACCGCGUUCAUGACGGCGGUGGGAUGGAAAGAGGGUCAGCCGUUGGUGGGGUCGAGGGAGUUGCCGAACGAUGAGAAGUUCGCCAGCUUGUUCACGGAUGGACUACAUUUGACCGGGGAAGGGUACCGCAUCGUGUACGAUGUCUUGAUGAAGACGAUUGAGGUCAACUGGCCGGAUAUGCUGCCGCAGAAUAUUCCGAUGAUUUUCCCUCCCUGGCCUCAGGCUCCGCGGUGAAGAGUCGGCUGUGGCUGUGGAGUGCGGGAUUGUAUAUAGAUUAGAGCCUAAGUCAACUGAGAGAUCUCUGUCGGCUCUG